AUGCCGGCAAAUCUGAAAGCUCCACAACUCGAGCAGAUUCAGCAUAUGAUCGAGAACGGGUCGUCGACGAGAGCUGAAAUCGCCUUUGCCGCUGGUUGUAGCAAGCAAGCUGUAACAUAUAUCCGUCAGAACCUGGGGGCGUUUGGCAAUGUCAGAGCCCCCCGGAAUAGCGUCGGCCGCCCUCGCAGUAUCACCCCAGCGAUGCUUGAAGCCGUGUUGGAACGCUUGAAGGAGAAACCAACUCUUUACUUGGAUGAAUUAGUGGUUUUUAUAUAUGAUGAUUUCGGAAAGCGUGUAACCAAACAGAGUCUAAGCAGGACACUUGCUUCUAUUGGAUGGUCGAACAAGGCAGCUCGGCAAAGAGCAAGGGAACAAAAUGCAGAUUUACGAGACUUUUACCUGCAUAGUCUAUCCCCUUAUUCGUCAUACCAGCUGGUAUACGUGGAUGAGUCGGGCUGUGAUAAGCGGAUAGGAUUUCGGCGAAGUGGCUGGUCUCCUCUUGGUGUGACACCAAUUCAGAUCUCUAAAUUCCACCGUGAUCAACGUUAUCAGAUACUGCCUGCCUACACCCAGAAGGGUGUUCUCUUAUCUCGAGUCUUUCAAGGCUCAACUGACGCCAGUAUGUUUGAGGAUUUCAUCGAGCAGCUUCUCCACCACUGCAACCGAUGGCCAGCGCCGAGGUCCGUAAUCAUCAUGGAUAAUGCAUCCUUCCACCGUACAGAGCGGGUUAAACAGAUGUGCCUGAAUGCAGGAGUUAAGCUGCUAUACCUACCACCCUACUCCCCCGAUCUUAACCCUAUUGAGGAGUUCUUCGCUGAACUCAAACAAUUCAUCAAGCGGAGGUGGUAUGAGUACGAAAAUAAUCCAGAACAAGGAUUCGACGCUUUUCUUGAGUGGUGUAUUGGAGUUGUUGGUUCAAGGGUACAGAGUGCCGAAGGCCAUUUUCGGCAUGCAGGUGUACUGAUAGACGAAUAUAUAUAG